AGCACCUCCCUGUCCCUAUAUAAAGUCUUUGCUUGGGAAUACAUCGGCAUUCAGCGUUAGUUUUACGAGGAGCUAAAGUUAAGGGCUUGUUUGGUUGUUUGAGUUUUUUUGCUUCUAAGAAAUUUGUGAGAAAUGGCUGCUACUUCAUCUGAGGAGGGACAAGUGUUCGGCUGCCACAAGGUUGAGGAAUGGAACGAGCACUUCAAGAAGGGCGUUGAGACUAAGAAACUGGUGGUGGUGGAUUUUACUGCUUCCUGGUGUGGUCCUUGCCGCUUUAUUGCCCCAGUUCUUGCUGACAUUGCUAAGAAGAUGCCCCAUGUUAUAUUUCUCAAGGUUGAUGUUGAUGAACUGAAGUCUGUUUCCGAGGAUUGGGGUGUGGAGGCAAUGCCAACUUUUGUCUUCAUUAAAGAAGGAAAAGAAGUGGACAGGGUUGUUGGUGCCAAGAAAGAGGAGUUGCAGCAGACCAUAGUGAAGCAUGCUGCUCCUGCUACUGUGACAGCAUGAAAAUCUUCUUUAUCAAGGGGAUGAUAUCGCGUAUUUAGUACUCCUAUUGUCUUUUGUAAUAACCAAAGUAACUUGUUCCAACUUCACACUGUGGAUGGUUGUAUGUUUUAUUAUCCACCAUGUUUUUAUUGUUGUUGUGAACCUUUGUCUUGUUGCUUGAAAAUCUGAUUUGUGCAUAUGGUGUUACUGGUGUAAGGCUAUAUUGCUCAAUUCUACAGAAAAGACUAUUUUCAGAUUUCUACUUUUGUGAACAUUAUCCAGCAUCUCAGUGUAUCUUUGAGUAUGCGUCUGGACAAUGUAAUUCGGGUGAAAAAUAGUAUUUUGAAGUUUCUAAAUCAAAAAGUGAUAUUUGGAAGUUGAGUGA